AUGGGCGACAAGAACAUUGUCGUCGUAGGUGCCGGUGUUGCUGGUCUAACAACCGCCUUCUUGCUCUCCAAGAAUCCUCGGUACAGCAUAACCAUCGCGGCAAAGCAUAUGCCAGGGGACUAUGACAUCGAAUAUGCUUCACCCUGGGCUGGUGCGAACUAUAUGCCAGUAUCCGCCAAAGGAACUCCAGCAGAGGAAUGGGAUAGGAACACCUGGCCGCCCUUUUUUGAUUUGGCAAAGAACCACCCCGAAGCCGGAGUUCAUUUUCAAAGGACGGAAAUCUACAAUCGUAAAAAGGACGUCUCUUCUGCCACGGCUGCGUGGUUUGCUGACCUUGUCAGCCCGAAUCCGUGGUUCAGCACCCUUUUUGAUGAUUUUCGCGAGAUCCCGAAAACAGAGCUGAAGGAGGGAAUUGAUAAUGCCACAUGCUUCACGUCAGUCUGUAUCAAUACUGCAAUAUACCUGCCCUGGCUGCUUUCUCAAUGUUUGAAGAAUGGUGCCAUUGUCAAGCGGGCCGUUUUCAAACAUAUUGCCGAUGCCGCUGCUCCCGGAGUUCACCAUUCAGGUCGCCCCGCCGACCUUGUUGUCAACUGUACCGGCCUCUCAGCGUCCAAGCUCGGUGGCGUCGAGGACAAGAGCGUGGUCCCAGCUAGAGGUCAGAUCGUUGUUGUGAGAAACUCGGCUCCUGCAAUGUAUGCCACGUCCGGAACAGAUGACGGUCCGGACGAAGCUUGUUAUAUCAUGACCCGCGCUGCUGGUGGUGGGACAAUACUUGGGGGUUGUUAUCAGAAGGGCAAUUGGGAAUCUCAACCAGAUCCAAGUCUGGCAAUACGAAUCAUGAAACGAUGUGUCGCCAUCUGUCCUGAGCUGACCGGGGGUAAAGGCAUCGAAGGCCUCGACAUCAUUCGCCAUGGAGUCGGCUUAAGACCUGUACGUGAAGGAGGAACAAGAAUUGAAAAGGAGAAAAUCAACGGCGUGUGGACCGUGCACAACUAUGGUGCAGGUGGGGCUGGAUACCAGUCUUCCUAUGGCUGCUCCCAAGCGGCAGUAAAAUUGGUCGAUGAAGCCAUGGGGGCCAAAGCCAAGAUGUGA